AUGAAGCUGAGCAUCGCAUUCUCCUCAUUAUUGGCCUUGAUCCCGCUUGCUACCGCCCAACAAGGGCCUUGGCAGCAAUGUGGUGGCAUUGGCUGGAGUGGCGGAACCACUUGUGCCACUGGGUGGAUCUGUAAAUACCAAAAUGAUUGGUACUCGCAGUGCCUCCAAGACACCAAUCCCGUAACACCCCCUCCCUCCAGCUCGUCGAGCAGCUCCUCUGUUCCACCUACAUCGACCACCUCCUCGAACCCGCCGACUGCUACCGGUUUACACAAUGUCGCCGUCUCCAAGGGCAAAUUGUACAUCGGUACUGCGACCGAGAUGUACAAACUCAACGGCGACGCCCCGUAUGCCGCUAUUGCCAGCGAUAUCAAUGAAUUCGGAAUGAUCACCGCAGAGAACAGUAUGAAAUGGGAUGCCACUGAACGGACCCAAGGAGUUUGGACGUUCACUGGGGGAGACAACCUUGUCAACUGGGCCAUUGCAAACGGCCAAAAACUCCGAGGUCAUACCACGGUGUGGCAUAGCCAGCUGCCCAGCUGGGUGUCAUCGGGCGGCUUCAGUGCGGCAGCGUUAACGAGCGUCAUCGAGAACCACACAACUACUUUGAUUGACCGCUACAAGGGGAAAAUACUCAUGGGACGUGAGCCUUUCAAUGACGAUGGAACUUUCCGAUCAUCCGUCUUCUACACUACCCUUGGCACCUCUUACAUUGCCACCGCCCUACAUGCCGCCCGAGCCGCUGACCCUGCUGCCAAGCUCUACAUCAACGACUACAACAUCGACGGUCUCGGGGCCAAAUCGACCGCCAUGGCUAACUUGGUCGCGCAGCUGAAAGCUGACAAUGUCCCUAUCGACGGCAUCGGUAUUCAGGGCCAUCUCAUCGUCGGUGCGGUCCCAAACAACCUGCAAGCCAACUUCGAGCAAUUCGCCGCUCUCGGUGUAGAAAUUGCUAUCACCGAACUGGACAUCCGUAUGACCCUGCCCGUCACACCGGAAAAACUCGCUCAGCAAAAGGCCGAUUACAAAAAGGUCGUCGCUGCGUGCAAAGCUGUGCCAGCGUGCGUAGGUAUCACCGUGUGGGAGUACACAGACAAGUAUUCAUGGGUACCAGGUGUCUUCUCCAGCCAAGGCGCCGCCCUACCAUGGGACGAUAACUUAGCUAAGAAGCCUGCGUACGACGGUAUAGUCGAAGGGUUCAACUAA